UGUCAGUCAAGGGACGCACAGUGGCACUGGUGCUCUUACAGUAAAUAUUUGUGUUUGCACACCGGCUGCUCAUAAUGGUGGACGACCGACAGGGCAAAUGAGAAAGAGGGGGGAGAGAGAGAGAAAAUAAAGGUAUUCAAAGGACGGCAAUCCGGGGGCUGUGCGCUGAAAUUACUAAUCGUAAUAAAAUGGAUGAACUGAAGCACCAAGUGAUGAUCAACCAAUUCGUAUUGACAGCUGGAUGUGCGGCGGACCAGGCGAAGCAGCUCUUACAAGCGGCACACUGGCAGUUCGAGACUGCGCUCAGUGCCUUUUUCCAAGAAAGUAAUAUCCCGUACAAUCAUCACCAUCAAAUGAUGUGCACCCCCGCAAACACGCCGGCCACGCCACCCAACUUCCCCGACACACUCACCAUGUUCUCUCGCCUGAAGGCCUCCGACGGCUUCUCCGCCAGCAGCCCCCUCGCCUCCACCGCCGCCUCUCCUCCCCCCCAGGUUGGCUGGGCGUUCGGCCCACCAGGGCCACCGGGCCAGCAGGGACUGUGGACUCCUGGGCAGGCAAACAUGCAGAUGGCCCCUGCUGGUUCGCCCGCUGAACAAAAAGCCAGCGUGGCCACGGAGGCCGAAAGAUGAGGGGCCAGGUGGCCCGGAGGUGACGGCGAGGACCGCUGCGUGUAAUUCGACGCAAGAGCAACAUGCACACAAAUCAUGUGAAAAAUACUAAAACGGAAAAGUGACUCGUGUUACACCACGGCUGCAGAAGACCAGCGCAGCCCUAAAGCGUGAACACGCCAUGUCUCCGUGCGAAUGCGUGUAUAUGUAUGUUUUUCUUGGAUCUGGUGUCUCUGUGUAUCAGAGUUUGCACUGUGUGAUAAGAGGCCACCUCUCGCUGCCAGGGGAUGAUGGGAAACUGCUUACCUCAGCAGUCACCUGACUAUUCCUUUCCAGCCAAUCAGGGAUCACCAGUUGUCAACAUUGUAUCACACUGGGUUAUACAUGCUGUUGUUGGCUCUGUUCAUGCGACACUUAGGAUGCAUUUCUUUGUCUGAGGUCAAAGAUGAUGAUAUAUAAACUACAUGUUUUUGUAUUAUUUUGGGGUGGAUUUUUACUUCUUAUGCUCGGGGGAGGGUGGCUCUACAGUAGUGCUUCUUGAAGUAGACUACUAUUUCCAAGUAAGACGUUUGAUGACCUUUUCACUCUGCAUGGUGUGUCAGGAAUUUUGACGUUAUUUUAUGAAUACUGACCACGUGAACCCGCAUGGGGUGGGCGAUGUAUGGGUCAUAUUCCUGUCAAUUUUAUUCUGUAUUUGGUUGGAUGUUCUUCUCCUCGGCAACUAGCAGGAAGAGGCAGCUUUUCUCUGGGGAGAGUCAGGAAUGAUGUCGUCCUCUUUAACUUUUGGAUAUUAAAUAUGUCAAUUGUGGGAAUCAAAAUGGCGGAGAGAUGCCUAUGUUUAAUGUAUUCCAAAAUAGAAUGAGUGUUUACACAGAGCUGUAAUGUGUGAUAUGAUAACCUUGUUAUUUGAUGAAUAAACACCUUUUAUGUCUUC